AUGGAUCAAGAACUUGUACAAUAUAUAAAUGCACUUGGUAAACAAGUUGAUGAUCUAUAUAACGAUGCAAAAAAUCUUGGCCAACUUAUUCAACAGGAUCCUGAAGCUGCUCAGAAAAAUUAUAAUGCCUAUAAUGAAAUCGUCAACAAUCGUCAAAAUCUUUGUUUUUUAUUAAUGUAUAGCUUCAAAAACAGCCCUGAAUGGGAGAGAUCACUGGUAAGAUAUAUUGCAGACUUUAUUGAGUUUCGCUUCAUAAAUGAACCAGAGUCAAAAGAAACUGUACAUAAUAUUGUUAAAUUUGCAGGAAUUAUCUUUAUUAAGACACCUAAAAUCAAUAACAAACCAAACGUUCAAGAGUAUAUCAAAUUAGCUCACAUUGCUUCAUAUAAAUUUAGAUUUCAUCAGCUAUUCUUUCAAAAUUUAAAUAAAAUUUUCGAGGACUUUGAUAACCAAUCAUACAGAAUACUAUAUUUAAUCCAAAUUAUUGGUUUAGGUUUUGCUAAUUAUUUUAGUCCAUUAUACAAGAUUUUAUUCCAUGGUAUUACCAAUUUAUCUGGUGAUAUUCAGUUAUCCUACAUCAAUUACUUUAUUGGAAGUAUUAAUACAAUUGUAUGCAGCAAAGGAAUUACUGAAGAAAUCAUCAAUAAAUUUAUUGAGAUUUUUGUUAAUAGUUCUGAUCCAAACCUUACUUUUGCAAUGAUCAGAUUAUUCACGACAAUAAAUCAAUAUUACAGAGAAAACAGAUCUUCUGAUGAAAUUUUAGCCAUUGCUGCAUUACAAGAGAAUUUAAUGGAAUAUGUAUUAAACGCUCUUACUUUGGAUGGUGCUCUUAACGAAAUUGAUUCAAUUUUGAAGGAAAUUCUUUUCAUUGUCAACGAAAACAACUAUUUAUUAUUAUUUGAUGAAAAUUUAAUUAAAGAAUUUAUAAAUUUAUGCAAACUUUCAGAGAACGAUCUUAGUUCUUUGUCAGAAGAAAAUAAAAUUUUCGAAUUUUAUGACGGAUCAUACCAAAACAACAGAAAUUAUGUUCUUGAAAUAUUACAAAACCUUUCUUUCUAUGAUUUCGAAUUAAUUUUCUGGUUUUUGGCAAAUGAACAAUUAAUUAAUGAAUUUCCAGAAGAAUGUCUGUUUUUGAUCUCCGGAUUAUCCAAAAUAGCCAAAGAAAAUGAAGAUAAAUAUGAGAAUAUCAAAGAAAUUAUUUCUAAUAUUCUUAAAGAGAGAAAUGAUGGUCUGAUUCUUAUAAAUCAGAUAAUAAUUGCUGGAAAUUAUCACUUUUUAUACGAAAGAAAUGAUAUUCAGGCUUAUUUCGAAUACCUUUUGUCACCACCUGAUCAAGUUUCAAUUAAUUAUUGGCUUGCAUCAAUUUUAUCUGCUUUCUCUGCAUCAAAAUAUGAACAAUUCUAUAUUACUUAUGAAAUGUUUGUUCAAAUUUAUCAAUAUUGCCAAGAAACAAUGGAUACUACAUUGGAAGAAAAGAUAACAAAUUAUCUAUAUCAGCUAUCUAAAUAUCAAGAGUUUCCUCAAGAAAAUCUUAUUGAAUUCGUUAGUAAUUUGAUUCUAAUUGCUCUUUCAAUUCCGAAAAAUGAAGAAGAAAAGGAAAAUUCUCAUGUAGAUGAAUCAAAUCCAGUAUUGUUUGAAGAAAACGAAUCUGGAUAUUCUUCAUUAUUUGAAGAACAAAGGAGUUAUAAUUCCAAGCUUAGAUUACUUUUCAUUUUAGUUCCUUUUGUAACACAACAGAAUUUCAUCGAUGAAAUGUUUAGUUUGUAUGAUGAAUUUUUCGGAUCAGAAUGUUCAGAUAUUUUAUCAACAGAUCAAACUCCACAGUUUGUUUAUGCCGCUAUUCGAUCACCGCUGUUUGAUUUUGAAGAACAAUUCGAGAAAAUUCAAAAUGUCACAGAAAAUAUUGCUAAAUUAGAAGAACCUUCUAAUCAGACAUUGUUUAUGAAUUCUAUUUUGAUGCUCAAAAAGAUUCCUGAAUCAUUGAUUCCUUAUUUCAAAGAGAAAGUUUCUUAUUAUUUCGAUGAUGAAAAAGGUUCUGCAUUCGAAUAUCAUAGUGAUCAGCUCUUAGGAGCAAUGCUUAUUUCCAAUUCCAUUCUUCAAGGAAUAUUCACUCUUGAAGAAGCUUUGCAAAAACUUCAAUCAAUUUUCAUGUUCGAAAAUGAAGAACAAGGAGAAGAAGAAGAGAAAAACGAAGAACUUACGAAUUUGAGAAUAUAUUAUUCUCAUCUUCUUGUCAGAUCAGCUUAUUUACUCUCAAUUCCAAAUGAAGAAAUUCAAACAAGGUUGGAUCAAAUUAAUGCUUUGUUAAAUGAAUGUUUGGAAUAUCUUUCUUUGGGAAUCAGAUUUAGAAACAUUGAUUUCAAUCUUAUUGCAAGCGCAUUCAAGCGAUUUUCACAAGAAGAAGCUUUUGUUAAUGCUUGUAACCAAUAUCCACCAGUCAAUGACCCUGUUGCUGAUGAUAACGAUUUAUCCGAUUUUUAUCGAUUUGAUAAUAGUGAUUCUAUAUUCCAUUACAUUUUCCUUGAAUAA